CUCACUCUGCCUUGCAUACAUACGCCAGAGCGGUGCAGCAGAACGCAGGGCCAGAAGGAUUUUCCUCCUCAUACAAUCAGCCGAGAAACCAGAGAGACAGUUGUCCCCUGAGGAGGAGAGACACGUUAUUUAUGGAGGAUCCGCCGAGGAGAACCUGACCGACAAUCCUCAGAGUGUGGAGAUUUGCCUCUGGCUCUCAGAAGUGUGGACUCCAGCACGCAUCCAUCCCUCCUUCGGGACAGGCCCACCCCCUCCUCUAAGGAAAGGAUGCCCCGCUCUGCGCUCUUGUGCUGAGGAGGCGUCUGCGGGCAACAGUAUGGGCUCUGUGCUGGCCGGCAUCCCCACCACCCCCUCCACCACCGAUCUGCCACCGUCACGCUGCCCCACCGAGUCGGGCGCUUCCCCCAGCCCCGCUGAUGGGCGAAGACACUGACGCCCCCCCGACGCUCAACCACCGCGGCUUCCUCCCCGACCACAACUAUGUGACUGAAGCUGAUAUCAUCUCCACUGUUGAGUUCAACCACACUGGAGAGCUCCUGGCCACAGGGGACAAAGGAGGCCGAGUGGUCAUCUUUCAGAGGGAACCUGAGAGCAAGUGUGAGCCAUUCUCCCAGGGAGAGUACAAUGUCUACAGCACCUUCCAGAGCCAUGAGCCCGAGUUCGACUACCUUAAGAGUCUGGAGAUCGAGGAGAAGAUCAAUAAGAUCCGAUGGCUGCCUCAGCAGAACGCCGCACACUUCCUCCUCUCCACCAACGAUAAGACCAUUAAGUUGUGGAAGGUGAGUGAAAGAGAUAAAAGGCCAGAGGGAUACAACCUGAAGGAUGAGGAGGGUCGCAUCAAGGACCUCUCCACCGUCACCUCCCUACAGGUGCCGGUGUUGAUGCCGAUGGACCUGAUGGUGGAGGUGAGUCCGCGGCGAGUGUUUGCCAAUGCCCACACCUACCACGUCAACUCCAUCUCCGUCAACUCCGACUAUCAGACCUACAUGUCAGCUGACGACCUGAGGAUCAACCUCUGGCAUCUGGACAUCACCGACCGCAGCUUCAACAUUGUGGACAUCAAGCCAGCCAACAUGGAGGACCUGACGGAGGUGAUCACAGCGGCUGAGUUUCACCCCCACCACUGUAACCUGUUUGUCUACAGCAGCAGCAAAGGCACCCUGCGCCUCUGUGACAUGAGAGAGGCAGCGCUGUGCGACAAACACUCCAAAUUGUUUGAGGAGCCCGAGGACCCCAGCGCCCGCUCCUUCUUUUCAGAGAUCAUCUCCUCCGUGUCGGACGUGAAGUUCAGCCACAGCGGUCGCUACCUGCUCACCAGAGACUACCUGACUGCCAAAGUCUGGGACCUCAACAUGGAGAGCAAGCCCCUGGAGACAUACCAGGUUCACGAUUACCUCCGCAGCAAGUUGUGUUCUCUGUACGAAAACGACUGCAUCUUUGACAAGUUUGAGUGUGCCUGGAACGGCUCGGACAGUGUGAUCAUGACCGGAGCCUACAACAACUUCUUCCGCAUGUUCGACCGCAACACCAAACGGGACGUAACCCUGGAGGCGUCGAGGGAGAGCAGCAAACCCCGAGCUGUCCUGAAGCCACGGAGGGUCUGCGCGGCGGGGGGGAAGCGGCGGAAGGACGACAUCAGCGUGGACAGCCUGGACUUCACCAAGAAGAUCCUUCACACGGCCUGGCACCCGACUGAGAACAUCAUCGCCAUCGCUGCCACCAACAACCUGUAUAUCUUCCAGGACAAACUCAACUCUGAGUUACAUUAAUGAAGGAUGUCGGCGGCGGAUACAACUAGUUUACACCUGAACACACAGCUAUGCCAGAAUGUACACGUAUCCGGACAUACACACAGGAAUAUGCCUAGCACACCCAUACACGCGAUCAGAAAACACACACACAUCUCGGUCCACUCUUCGACACACUCCUGCUCCUCCUCUCCAGCCUCCCGGAACUGAAAGGACCUAGAAAGGGCUAGACAGGGAUCUGGCUGGAUUACAAAAUGGAUUAUGGAUGGCAAAAUUGUCCAAACUGUGGAUUUCUGGAUUGGGCUUGAUGGUGUGUUGAUUGCUACAGCUCAGAUUCUGAAGGGGAUAACCCUCCCAGACUAGAGGGACGUUUACAAAUUUGUCUUUAUUUUGUUCUUCAGGCUCUUCUUUGCUUUCUCCACCUCCUCCUCCUCCUCUCCUUUCUGUAUGUGUGUGCUCGAGCAAAGCCUAUUCUUAUCCCUUGCCCACUGUUUUGUGUAGAAAAAAACCUUUGUGGUUGUGGCACUGAUGAAAAAUGGGGCAUUUAUAUAACUAGCUGUUUGUUUGAUUUCAGAUCAGAUACCCCCUCUUUUGUUUGGUCACUUCUUGUUUAAUGAUGGUUAUUAUGAUGACAAUUUAAAAUGAUACGCGUGAUGUGCAAGGAUGAAUUUAGGACCCUCCCCUUUUAACCCAAGUGCACCUAGACGUCUCUGAGCUUAACUGGACCGUGUUCAUUGAGGUAAAACGUUUACCGUCCCGCAGAUAGAAGCAGAGGUUACACCAUUGCCUAAUAUGAGGACACACACUCGUAUCUUUCCACAGUGUGUUUCAGUCAGCAAUGUUGUCUGCAGAAACAAGUCCUGCGACUUCUCUGAUUGUGGAUUCUGCUUCUGGUCUCGGGCUAUGUCGUGUGCUACUUUGCAAUUAAUUACAACUCAAAUCAAGCAAAACAAUGAAAAUGAACUAAAUAAUGUCAACAAUCAAACAAAAAAGAUGCUGCAUGUAAAACCAAUUUAGCCUAGGUGUUUAUAAAUUGACUGACUGACUUGGCUGCCUUCUUAACCAUUUAGACCCAGCUGUACAAAGGCUUCAGGGGCCCCGGGGCCCCUUGCAGCACGAGUAACCAUAGAUGACCGAGCUGUCCUACCUUUAUUUGUGUCUUCGGACACUGAAGCAUGUUUACCAGUGUUCGGUUCAUACACUUACAUGUACAUUAUGAAUGAGCUGUCCAAGAGUCAGUUUCUUCUCGACUGAAACUGAGAACCAAGAAGAAUGGGGAAUGUUUUCAUUAAUGUUGUUCUCUAAAAGAAAAAAGAAAAAAAUAUCAAAGGGCCUAAAUGGUGUCUGUAUAUAUCAAGUCUGUUUUUGACAUGUAUUUGUUUUUUUUAACAUCCUUAAUCAUCUGCAUCGAUGAUUCCCUCUAAAGCUACAGCAGAGAGAUGGUACUUACAUUUUCCCAGCCUUCCUCACAGAUUACUUUGCUGAUGUGCAGACGUUUAUUUUUAGAGAACAGUUUAUUCUUUUAUUUAUCUUUUUGUGUGUCAAUCUUACUCCACCACGUCCUGACCAAACUAAUGUUGAAUCACAUAUUUUUGUGUUUAUGUAUGUUGACAAAAUUGUCAAAUGGACAGUUAUAAAUAAUGUUAAUAUGUUUUUUUCUGAAUAAAGGUUUCAACGAAAUUGCAUCCAA